AUGCCGCCAGCCAACGAGCCACUCUUCACUUCUGAGGGGCGUUCUUCCAUACACUCCGAAGAGCGUGCAGCUCAAGAGGACGAUGCCCUCUUAGGAAAUCAGCGAAGGCGCUCAAAUACGACUCGGGGUGUAUUCUGGCGCGAGAUUGGUUUAUUCACGUGGGCUAUAUUGGCUACAGUUGCUGUUAUUGUACUGGCCAUCCUUCUCAAAUGUCAGCCAUCGCAGAACAAGCCCGAAAAGCACACCGGAAAACGAAACCUAGUAUUCAUGGUGUCUGAUGGUAUGGGACCUGCAAGUCUCUCUCUUACUCGAAGCUUCAGACAAUACCAAAACGGCCUUCCAAUCGACGACGUGCUAGUCCUUGAUGAGCACUUUAUUGGUUCGUCCCGAACUCGAUCGAGCAACAGUCUUGUUACGGAUUCUGCCGCUGGUGCUACGGCCUUCUCCUGUGGUAAAAAGAGCUAUAAUGGCGCUAUCUCUAUUCUACCAGACCAUACACCUUGCGGGACGGUCCUUGAGGCGGCUAAGAGGGCGGGUUAUAUGACGGGCUUGGUCGUGACGACGUCUCUCACUGACGCAACACCCGCAUGCUUUGCUUCCCAUGCUAAUAUACGAUCUGAAGAGGAUUUGAUUGCACAACAAGAAGUAGGGCAUUAUCCACUCGGCAGAGUCGUUGAUUUAAUGUUUGGGGGAGGUCGAUGCCAUUUCUUGCCGAAUACAACAAGUGGAAGUUGCAGAGCAGACAACCAGGACAUUACGAAACUUGCACAGGAUGAAUACGGAUGGAACUACAUUGAUAAUCGACAAGACUUUGAUGAUAUAAAAGCUGGAGGAGCUGCUGUAAAACUACCCUUGCUGGGUUUAUUUGCCGACUACAAUAUUCCCUUUGAGAUUGACCGACGCAAUAUGGAUGAUGUGUAUCCUUCGCUGGAAGAAAUGGCACAGGUGGCUCUCAAAGCUCUUGAAGCUGCAACUCAGGAUUCAGAUAAAGGCUUUUUUCUUAUGAUUGAAGGUAGCCGAAUCGAUCAUGCAGGCCAUGGCAAUGAUCCAGCCGCACAGGUCCACGAGGUCAUGGCAUAUGACAGAGCUUUUGGAAGCGUUGUUGAAUUUCUUGAAAAGAGUCAUGUUGAUGGAGUUCUGGUCGCUACCUCUGAUCACGAGACUGGGGGCUUGGCCACCGCAAGACAACUCGAUGCACACUACCCGGAAUAUUUAUGGUAUCCUGGAGUUCUUGCCAAUGUCUCAAGCUCAGCUGAAUACUUGGCUCGUCGUCUGAACAGCGAAAUUGAUUCCAAUUUACUCGAAGGAGAUAAACUCAAGAACUGGAUCAACGAGGAGUUUGUGAAGAAUGGUCUAGGAAUUCUGGAUGCCAGCGAUGAUGAGUUGCAACUCAUUAUCGAUCAACCUAAGGUAUCUGCUUAUUAUUUCGCGGACAUGGUCAGCCGCCGUGCACAGAUUGGAUGGUCGACCCACGGCCAUUCUGCCGUAGAUGUGAACAUAUAUGGCACCGCUGGGUCCUCCAACCUUCGUGGAAACCACGAGAACACAAAUGUCGGAGAAUUUCUCCGAGAGUAUCUGGACGUUGACGUUGACGCUGUGACGAAGGAACUUAUAAAAGGGUCGAAGAGUUUCAAUAUAGCAGACACCGAGGAAGCUGGUUGGACCGGAAGGAUUCCAAGUGAAGAAGAUUUACAGUCUGUAUUAAGAUACCAUGAGGAACUUUACGGCAAGGCUCCCUGA